CGCCUCACCAAGGUUGUCCUAUCCGCAAUGAAACCGCUAAUGUUAUUGUUGUUGUGUAUUGCAUAUUCAAUAUUUUUCAUGCUAAUUGGAGCAAAUGAUGCACAUAACGAAGUUUUCUACGCAGAUAAAAAUUCUACGCUCAGUUUCGGCGGCUAUGAUUUCUACUGUAUUGGCAUUCGACUUCAAGAUAUUCCAAUUAAAUUAAACAAAACUUUGUCAGGGGAGUUAUACUUGAAUCUGAAAGUGCGAAGUUUGUUGAGAUUGAUGUUCAACAAGGCAUGUGACAGAAACAUUGCAUGCGAAAUUUACAAAAAUGACAUUUCAAGCAGAUUAACAACAGAAUCGGAUGAUACUCAUACUUCUGUAGACCUCACACAUUCUAAAAUAAGAUGCACACGCAAUUCUAUUGAAAUUAUGAAGUUCCACAUGUUUGUUGGACGUGACGAUAAUAUGUUUUUCAAGAAUACGAUCGUAUCAAAACUUAAUGGAACUGGAGUUUACCUACAAUGCAGCGGGAGUUAUCACACGGAAAAUGUGAAAUUAUUAGAGAAUCAAAAGUCACUUGACAUUCCAUAUAACCCAUUCAAGGGUUUUUACAUUGAUAUAAGUCGUAAUCCAAUUAAUCGGUUCUACCAAUGCGAACACAAUGAUGAGUUGAUAAGUUUUAAAUUGCAAAAUAUGGCAAACAAUGGGUAUGAAAAUAAAUUCAAAAUGUUGAUGAAUUCUUACACAUUUCAAUCAGAAAUCCAAUGUGUUUUUGAUGACCAAGCAAUUAAAAAUACACAUGUCUCGGUGAUCCUUGCAUGUCCGUCCAAAUCCAAAUGUCCAGAGCUUACAAAUCGUGCAAACAGAAGGUCGCACAAAAUUUAUACAGCUUUUGUACCGAAAAGUUCGAAUAUCGAUCCAAAAUCCUAUCACUGUGUGUUGAUAAUUAACGGUAAUACAGUAGCGGAAGCCUUUUUGGAAGAAGCUGAUUUUUCGACUACAUAUUAUGCGCUAUUGAUCAUUGGCGCUGGAUUAAUUUUGACUAUUUUUGUAAUUUUAACAAAAUCAUUGAGACAGAACAAUUACAACAAAGUAAGUACAACGGACGUUAGAGAAACUCGAAUUGAAGAACUGAAUAACAAAUCAAAACUGGGUGUUGGCAAUUCUUCGACAAUAUACACUGCGGAAAUAUGCAAAACAAAAAAAUGUAUUGUUAUAAAAGAGUCGGUUCGUAAAUCUCACUGUACGAAAGAAUUAAAAUUAUUGAAAUCCUUGAAACAUCCUAACAUAAUCACUCCCUUAGGUGUCAUUGUUCAACCAGAACAAAAAACUUGUUUCAACGUACAAAUACGUCAACACUUACUUCUACCUUACUACCAGAAAACUUGCUUGGAAACCUACAUUCAUAAGUUUUAUCCGCCAAAGCGAGGAGGCAACAAUAUAUUUCAUACUAAUGAAGCAACAGUUCCUGAGGAGGAAAUAACAAUGUUUGAUUUGGUUUCUAUUGCUUGGCAGGUUGCGAGUGCACUGGAAUACUUAAAAGGAAUGGAGAUUACACAUCGCGAUGUUGCUAUGAGAAAUGUUUUAAUUAGCAACAACAAAGUGUGUAAAAUCACAGAUUUUGAACGUGCUAAGAAAGGAGAAACAACUCGUAAAAUAAGUAUUGAGAAGAAGAUCAAAGAAAUUCUAAAGGCACAUAUGUCAAAAGAUAUACCUAAAGAAUAUCCAAAUGAAUGCUUGAAAGGAGUGUAUUAUUAUUAUUCGUCUGAGGUGUAUUGUUUUGGAAGACUUAUGUUGUGCUUGUUUUCAUUCAUGAAGCCUUGCGACUAUGGACGAAUUUAUCCACCUAUUCAACCUGAAAACUGUCCGAAAGCAAUAUACGACUUAAUUGUGGAUUGCAUAAAUGAGAACAGAAAAAGUCGUCCGUCAAUUUCAAGCUGUAAAGAUGUUCUUAGUACUGUACUAAAACAUAUGGACCAUGACGAAUUCUUAAAAUUGAAGCAAACGCUUAUUGAUGAAGUAAAUCGGAAUAUUGUGGAAGAGCAUUUCGUUUCUCAGUAUACACAAACGUCUCAUCUCUUUUUGUAAAAAGAGCUCUCGUAUUAUUUGAUAAUCAAACAUAUCUCAAUCCAUCAGUAUGAUCAUCAAUAUGUCAUAAUUUUGAGCAAUAAAAACAAAUAUACUUGUAAAUAUAAAUUAUUUAUUUUAA